AUGGAUUUCACCCCGGAAAUGGAAGCAAAGAGCAUCAAGAAAGGCCUUUACAGACAGAGAGCACAUGCAAAUCCGUUCAAAGAUAGCAAUAUUGUUAUUCCCCAAAGUCCCGAGUCGAUAGAUUGGUCUUCUUACUUUGUAGAGAACAAAAGACCGGACUUUGUUGAUAUAGGAUGUGGAUAUGGAAAAUUUCUUUUGAAAGUUGCAGAGAAGAGCCCUGAGCAUAAUGUUCUUGGACUGGAAAUUAGGGAUAAGGUGUAUGAAUAUGUCAAGGCAAGAAUCGAGGUUCUGAGAAUUCCAAAUGCUGGGGUUAUGAGAACAAACGCAUUGAUCUUUCUACCUAAUAUAUUUAGUAGAGGUCAACUGUCUAAGAUCUUUAUUUUGUUUCCCGACCCUCACUUUAAGAAGAGAAAACAGAAAGGACGUGUUGUGUGUCAGCAGAUGAUGGAGAUGUACGAGUACAUACUUGCAGAUGGGGGAAGGCUGUAUGUAUCUACAGAUGUGGAGGAGUUGUUUGAUUACAUGGUGGAAGUUAUUUUGGCACAUGGGAGAUUCAGACCACUUUCCAAAGACGAGGCUAGCAAGGACCCGGUGUUCCCUAUGACUUCCAAGGAUACAGAUGAGGCUUUAAGAGCAGGAGUCAAGACAGGAAAAGUAUUUUCCGAAGUUUUCGAAAUAAAAAAGGAUUAA